GUGGCCAGUGACCCCAAGAGUGUCCAGGGACUCAGGCCUCUGACAAGGUGCUCCCGGAGGGACAGAGAAGUGGAGUGGGCUGAGGGGACCCAACCCCAGGAUCGGGUCCUCUGGUUAGGGAGGGCCCUGGGGAGGAGAAAGGACUUUUUUUUUUUUAAGAAAGGACUCUUGAAGUCCUCAUCCUAGGCCCAGAUAGAGGAGGGAGGGGAGCACCAAGGCAGUGAAAAGUAAAGGAGGCAGAAGAGAAGGGGGCGGUCAGGGCAGCCUUGGUAGGUAGUGAGCUGUCUGUCAACAGAGGCGUUGAAACGUGCCCCAUCAACAUUGAUUACUCAAGACUCCUUCCGGAGGGGAGAAAUCAAUGCCCAUUUCACAGAAAGGGAAAUCGAGGCUGUUAUCUGCCAGGACAACAAAGGCAAGAGCUGAGAUCAGGCUGUGGUUUUAGGGGGGCGGACAAGGGAGGGGUUUCAGAAGACACUGAUCUGUGGACAGCAAUGAGCGCCCGGGCCACACGUCCCCGAAGCCGGCGAGGGAGACAUGCUCCACCUGGUGAGCUGGACCCCGUGGCUGAGAGUUCAGAGGAGGCCGAGGCAGCCAGCGGAAGCUCUGAGCUGGGCCCGGUGCCAUCUCAGGAAAGCUGCAAGCCUGGGCUGCUGGGCCCUGAGGCAGAGGGGAGUGGGCAAGGCCCGAGGAGCAGACGCCCCAGAUAUCCCCAUUUCCAGAAACUUCCAUCGCUCACAUCACAGAACUGACGAAGAGGCUGAUGGGGACUCUGGCAGGGGGCUGGCCCCAGCCCUCGAUGGGCCCCAUGAGCCUGCAGAAGAAGCCCACCAUGCCCCAGAGGCUAAGGAGGCUGUCCUCUCUGCACCUGGGCCCCCCGACGUGUUUCAGACUCUCCAGCAUGCUCUGAGCUCCCUGGAGGCUGCAGCUGCCGCCUGGCGCUGCCAGCCCCUCAGCUGUCCUGGGCCAGUGGAGAUGGAGGGCAGAAUCCAGGGGGAACCAAGGCCCUGCCUGGAGCUGGAGGGGGCAGGGGGCUGCCAGCGGGAGGUGGCCCACCUGGCAGAAAGGAACGCCUGGCUACGUUUGGCCCUGGGCAGCCGUGAGGACGAGCUAAGCCACAUGCAGGCCUCCCUGGAGGCCCUCCAGGGAGAAAAGGAGACACUGCAGAGAGAGGUCCAGGAGCUGCAGGACUCCCUGCUGAGGCUGGAGCCCUUGCCGCCUCCCUCUCAAAGCCAAGUGGGUGGCUUGGGCAGCAGUUCCAGCAGCUCUGGGACUGUCAGGGAACCCUGGACCACUCAGGAUCCCUUCUCCCUGUCUCACCCCCUGCUCCGGCGCCUCCAGAGUGAUUCCAGUGCCCAGAUCCUUGGGCCUCUCCCCAACCGGCCCCUUGCCCCUGAGAUGCACAUUGUGGAAGUUCAGAUGGAGCAGCUCCGGGGAAGCAUCGAGAAGCUCAAAUGCUUUAACCGUCUGCUGUCUGCUGUGCUCCAGGGAUACAAGGGCCGGUGUGAGGGCCUCAGCAUGCAGCUGGGCCAGUGGGAGGCUGAGGCCACAGCACUACGUCUGGCCUUGCAAUAUAGUGAGCACUGUGAGGAAGUGUACAGAGUCCUGCUCACGCUCCGGGAGGCAGACUCAGGAGCAGAAGUCCCCAGGAGUGAUGUGGAGGCAGCUGAGAAGGAGGCUCAGAGGCUGCUAGCUCAAGAGGAGGCUAUCAUGGAUGGAGAGACACUGUGGGAUCCCCAGCCAAGCCCUGAGGGCAGCAGUGUGGAUAGGCCCACCCUCCAGGAGGUGUCUCUCCAGCUCCGGGGCUAUGUGCAGCGUCUCCAGGAGCGCCGUGCUCUGGUGAAGAUUCUCCCAGAGCCUGGCCCCACCUUGGCACCCAUGCCCACUCUGCCCCAUGCAGAAGCCCUGGUGCAGGCCAUUCUGGAGACUCAACCUGGCCCAGCCCUGCCCCGGCUGGAGAAGAGGCGCAUCCAGCAGGACCUGCAGGCCACACGGGAGACCCUGGAGGACCUGAUGCUGAGGCUACAGCUGGUGCGGCGGGAGAAGCGGGGUCUGGAGCUGCAGGAGGCGGCCCUCCGAGCCCAGGGCCCGGUCCACACGCUCCUGCUGGAGCAGCUGCAGUGGGAACGGGCGCAGCUUCAGACGCGCGGGGCCGCCAGCAGCGGUGGUGGCAGCAGCGGCGGGAGCAGCGGCGAUGAGGAGGCCUGGUGCCAGGGCCCUGCGGUCCCUGGAGUCAGCAGGGGCAGUGAUGGAGGCCAGGUGGGGCAGGUGCAGGACCCCGAGGACCUAGCUCAGGAACUGUCAGCAUCACUCGCCCGGGCCCUGGGCCUGUGGGAGCAGCUGCAGUUUCUUCGGGAGGAGCUGGAACAGGUCGCUAAGAAGGGACGAGCCAGGCGUGCUCAGAGUGCCAAGCUGAACACCGACUUAUGUAAGGCUCACAGAGCCCUGGUUCUGGCCUUCCGAGGAGCCCAACGGAAGCAGGAAGAGCAACGGAGAAAGCUGGAACAGCAGGUGACACUACUGGAGGCCAGACAGGCAGAGGAGCUGGCUGUGCUGGAAGCCACCACAAGAGUCCUGGGGAGGCCCAGGCCACCCCGCUCACCUCCCGGGCCGGGGGAGACCUUUCUGUAGGCCCUGUGCCUGGCUGUGUCUAAAUGUACCAGACAGCGGUGGCAGGCCCUGUCAUAAAUCUCCUGGAGUGA